AUGUCAAAUAUUGUUUACAAAAACCUUUUUACUCAAAUUGCAAAAGAAACGAUGUCCAGUUGUUCUAGUAGUGGCAGUAGUUGCUUUGUGGACGAUGAGGAGUUAUUACAGUUUGAAGCGAGAUGUAAAGAGUUGAGGAUAGAAAAGGACAUGCUGAAAGAAUCAAGCUAUGAACUCAUUCGGAGCCUUGAAUCACAUGCAAAAACAUUAUCCCAAAAUCGUUCCAAUGACAAGAAACGUAUACAAGAUUUAGAAAGAGAGCUAAGAAACUGCACACAAGAAAUAGAUUACUUGCAGGAUCAAGUAAACACAAGGGACACUGAAAUAAACCACAUGACUGAUUACAUCCAAAUUCUAGAGUCAAAACUCAAAGCAAAAGAUAAUUUAGAUGGAAUCGUGAGAUGUUUAGAGCAAGAUUUGAAGGCAUGCAAUUUGGAAAAGUUGGUUUUGUUGGAAAAAUUAGAAAACAAAGAACAAGAAUUGCAUGAUGUUGCUUUAGAGUAUGAAUGUGACAUAGAAAGCAUGAAUCUUGAUUUAAUGGCUAUGGAGAAUAGUUUUCUUGAAGCUAAAGAGCUCCAAGAAGAAGUUAUUCAAGAACAUUGUAAGAUGCAGGAAAUGACUAAAAACUACAAGCUUCAAAUGCAUGAAUAUGAACUUCUUGUGAGCCAAUUGAAGGAACAAUUAAGAGAUGAAAAAUUUAAGGCAAAAGAAGAAGCUGAAGAUUUAGCUCAAGAAAUGGCUGAGUUAAGAUAUGAGUUAACCGGAUUGCUUGAAGAAGAAUAUAAAAGACGUGCGUGUAUAGAACAAAGAGCUUUACAAAGAAUAACCGAGUUGGAGUCUCAGAUUGAAAAAGAACGAAGGAAAACUUUUGCUAAUGUUCGUGGUCUUCCGAAUGCUUAAAAGUGUUAUUGUAUUGGUUUGUGUUAUUGAGAUUGUUUUUAUGGGUAGGAAUUAGAAUUUGAUUUAAUUAUAUCUUCUUUGUAUUGUAAAUUUGUCAAAUUCAAAGGAAUGUAUAGCUUUUAUUGUAUUUAAUAUAAGUUAUUGUAAGCGUUGUUGUUUUGGAUUUGGCAAUUUAUGAUUGGAGUGUUGGAAGGUUUGGUGAUGGAAUUUAUGUG